AUGGCUCUAAACGGCUCUGGUGAGGGCUUGGGCUGCGAGGGCCACGGCCGCCGGGGAGCGGGACGCAGCGCGCUCGGGCGAGGCUCCUCGGUCCCUUGUGCCUCUGUCCCCGCAGAGGCCGACGAUAGCUCGUGGCAGCCCCCGACCGAGGCGGAGACCAAAGUGCUGCAGGCGCGGCGGGAGCGUCAGGAUCGCAUCUCCCGGCUCAUGGGCGAUUACCUGUUGCGUGGUUACCGCAUGCUGGGCGAGACGUGCGAGGACUGCGGGACGAUCCUCCUCCAAGACAAACAAAAGAAAAUCUACUGCGUAGCUUGCCAGGAGCUCGACUCAGACGUGGAUAAAGACAAUCCGGCGCUGAAUGCCCAGGCUGCCCUCUCCCAGGCCCGGGAGCACCAACUCGCCUCCACCGUGGAGCUGCCCCCGGAGGGCACUGGGUCCACUCCGCAGCCCCCCGUCCCCCGUCCAGAGCACUGUGAGGGAGCUGCAGCCGGGCUCAAGGCCGCGCAGGGGCCACUCCUGCUUGGCCUUCCACCCAGCGCUGAUGCUGUGGCCUGCACGCAGGAGGCCCUGUUGCAGAAGCUUAACUGGGCGUCUGCCGAGCUGAUCCCCAGCACCUCUCUGGAGACCAGCAUCCAGCUCUGCAGCCUCAUCCGGGCUUGCGCCGAAGCUCUGUACUGCCUCCGGCAGCUGCAGCACUAAACGACCCCCACCCUCCGGAGAAGAACCCUCUAGAAAAACAGCUGUUCCUUUUGUGUGAUUUGUCGUAGUUCUGGGCGUGCAUGCGGCCCAGCCUGCCUUUUCCUCACGCAUCCUGCCCCUGCGGUCCCCGACGCCCCCAGUCUCCGUUAGGGUGCGGGUACCUUUUUCCCCCUGAAGAGGGAACCAGAGGGAUGGACCCCUGCGGCCUCCUCAGCCAUCCGGUGCCCAUCCCGCCACCCCCUAACAUCCCCCGAGCGGUUCGGGGUGCCAGUCCCCCAGGGGACACUGCCCUACACCAUCCGGACACCCCCAUCCUGGU